CCUUAUACCAUGGGAGGGGACUUUAUGAAGCGCUGCUGUCACUGUAUCAUUGCCCAACACAUUCCCGACUCGGAGAGAUCAAGGGACUAGGGGACAGAAGAAGUUUAUUAUCGGUGGACUACGCAGAGGAUUCGAUAAGGUUCUUCUGAAGAGGCCGGCUUUCAGAUUGGACAGCGAUGAUGUCCAUGCAAAUGAGUGAGGCGGAGAGCUCGGUGAAGGUGGCAGAGUGGCAGCAGACCUACUACGCCUCCGACUCUGGCAUCCAAUCAGGAGCCACCACCCUUAGAGACGACGAGGAGUCAGAGUGUGGCGGCGGCGGCGGCAGGAAGUACACCAUCGCUAACGCCAACGCCAACAUGGCAGCGGAGAGCUCUUCAGACAUGGAUGCCCAGUACACUCUGACCCGGGCGCAGCGCGUGCGGGCGGCCAUGUUCCCAGAGACGCUGGCGGAGGGCGAGGCGACGCUGUCCUCCACCCAGGGUGAGCCGGGACAGCAGACCAACGUCCAGCGGCUGGCCGAGCCCUCGCAGCUGCUCAAGACCGCCAUCGUCCACCUCAUUAACUACCAGGACGACGCCGACCUGGCCACACGCGCCGUGCCCGAGCUCACCAAGCUGCUCGCUGACGAUGACCAGGUGGUGGUGAAUAAGGCGGCGAUGAUCGUGAACCAGCUGACUCGUAAGGAGGCGUCCCGGCGCGUGCUGAUGCAGUCGCCGCAGAUGGUGGCGGCGGUGGUGCGCGCCAUGCAGAGCACGAGCGACAUGGAGACGGCGCGCGCCACGGCCAGCGUGCUGCACAGCCUGUCGCACCAGCGCGAGGGCCUGCUCGCCAUCUUCAAGUCUGGGGGCAUCCCCGCCCUCGUUCGCAUGCUCAGUUCUCCGAUGGAGUCGGUGCUGUUCUACGCCAUCACCACGCUGCACAACCUGCUGCUGCACCAGGAGGGGGCCAAGAUGGCGCUGCGUCUGGCCGACGGCCUGCAGAGGAUGGUGCCGCUGCUCAAGAAGAGCAACCCCAAGUUCCUGGCCAUCACCACCGACUGCCUGCAGCUGCUCUCCUACGGCAACCAGGAGAGCAAGCUGAUUAUCCUGGCCAACAGUGGGCCAGAGAGCCUGGUGUACAUCAUGAGGAACUACAACUACGAGAAGCUGCUCUGGACCACCAGCCGGGUGCUCAAGGUCCUCUCCGUCUGCCCCAGUAACAAGCCCGCCAUUGUGGAUGCAGGGGGGAUGCAAGCUCUUGGGCAGCACCUGACCGGGUCGAGCCAGCGCCUCAUUCAGAACUGCCUCUGGACACUGAGGAACCUGUCAGAUGCUGCCACCAAGCAGGAGGGUCUGGAUGGGCUGCUGCAGAUCCUGGUGAGCCAGCUGGGCUCGGACGACGUGAACAUGCUGACGUGCGCCACGGGCAUCCUGUCCAACCUGACGUGCAACAACGCGCGCAACAAGGCGCUGGUGACGCAGUGCGGCGGCGUGGAGGCGCUCAUCCACGCCGUGCUGCGCGCCGGAGAGAAGGAGGACGUGGCCGAGCCCGCCGUCUGCGCCCUGCGACACCUCACCAGUCGACACCCCGAUGCCGAGCUGGCCCAGAAUGCCGUUCGCCUGCACUACGGCAUCCCUGCCAUCAUCAAGCUGCUGGGGCAGCCUCACUACUGGCCCAUAGUCAAGGCUACCGUUGGUCUGAUUCGGAACCUGGCACUCUGCCCAACCAAUCAGGCGCCUAUGAGAGAGGCCGGGGCCAUUCCGCGAUUGGUCAAUCUGCUCCUGAAGGCCCACCAGGACACCCAGAGACACGCCCCCAAUGCUCAGCAGACCUACCAGGAUGGUGUGCGUAUGGAGGAGAUAGUGGAGGGCUGCACAGGAGCUCUGCACAUUCUGGCCAGAGACCCCAUCAACAGAGGAGAGAUUGCCAGCAUGCAGACCAUCCCUCUGUUUGUCCAGCUCUUGUACUCGUACGUUGAGAACGUGAAGCGCGUAGCUGCGGGUGUUCUGUGUGAGUUGGCCCUCGAUAAGCAGUCUGCGGAGAUGAUUGACGCGGAGGGAGCCUCCGCUCCUCUGAUGGAGCUUCUGCACUCCCCCAACGAGGGCAUCGCCACCUACGCAGCCGCGGUUCUCUUCCGGAUCUCUGAGGACAAGAGUUCUGACUACAGGAAGCGGGUGUCUGUGGAGCUGACGCACUCACUCUUCAAGCAUGACCCUGCUGCCUGGGAGCUGGCUCAUAGCAGUGUUCCCCUUGAGGCAGCCUACAUGGGGGAUGAGCUGGAUGGGGCGUACCCUCCCUAUGGCUACAGUGACAUUCCUAUGGACGGCCUCCCAAUGGACGCAGAGCUGCAUGAGGCCUACAUGCCCGAGAUGACCUACGACCCACGGCAGGCCUACCCUGAGCCUCUCUAACAGCACAAGAUAGAGGAGGAGGAAUGAUUGUC